UUCCCUGAGAGUCUCUCUGCUCUUCCAUCCAGCCAUGCCUUACUGUGGACCCUCCUGUGCUGUGCCAUCUUGUGCCUCCGCCCCAGUUGUUGGCUUCGGGUCAGCUGGUGCCGGAGGUCUCGGCUAUGCAGGUCUCGGCUUCUGGAGGUCUCGGCUAUGCAGGUCUGGCUCUGGAGGUCUUGGCUCUGGAGGUCUUGGCUCUGGAGGUCUUGGUUUAGGUUAUGGCUACGGAGCUGGCGCCUUGGCUGAAAGCUCAAGAAACCUGGGCACCCUCGCCGGAGUCAUCCCCAAACCCAUCAACCAGAUCCCAGCAUCCGAGGUGACCAUCCAGCCACCUGCAGUUAUAGUCACCAUCCCUGGUCCCAUCCUCUCCGCCAGCUGUGAGCCUGUCGCUGUUGGAGGCUACAACCCAUGUGCCCCCGGAGGUCUCGGACGCUUGGGUGCCGGCUACCUCGGAGGCCGCCUGGGACAUUUCGGUCGCCGUGGCAGCAUCUGCAAUCCUUGCAACCUCCCCUGUUAAGGAAACCAGGACCCUCCAUGAUCAAACCGGAUUUUAGAAGAUUGGCUAAGGCAUGUCUGGGGCCUACAUUGGCCCACAUCUAUCUUUCACAAGUCUCUUUCUUCUGUCUCCUGGCCUCCUUCAGCAGAUAGUACCAUGCCUUCCUGUGAAAUGAGCCCCCUGCUAAAUUGAUAAGGGAAGGGUUUUUGAAUGAAGUUAUGAAGGAAAGAAGAUCUGUGGACAUUUAGGACCUUGUCCCUUCCCUGCCCUCUAAAACUAUUUCUCAAACAGGAAAUGUGGAUUGCUUUGGAUUACUUGGCGCAUCUGAUGGUUUUUCUCAAUGUUCUUUCUUUGCACCUGAAUAAAAGUGAUUCUGCAUUGCAAACUA